AUGGAGGAUUGGUAUGGUGAGGGGGGGAAGACGGCGACGCGUGCGGCCGGCGAGGCAAUUUGCCUCUACAUCGCGGGGACGCGCACGGCGGAACGUCAGUGCGAGCACCCGUUCUUCCUCAACAUGCUGCGCGCCGUUGCUGCCGCUGGAAGCAGCUACGUCUCUCCCAAGCGUGACUUCGUCGGCGGCGUCGGGCUGCAGGAGUGCAAGAGGCGGAUUGAAAAGGGGUUGGAGCCCAUUACGAAAACCUGGACGGAGACCGGCGUGACGAUUGCCAGCGACAUGAUGCGGGACAAGAGCGGGCGCGCGCAGAUGAACAUCAUUUGUAUCAACGACAACGGCGCGGUGUUCCAGGAGGCGGUCGACUGCAAGGCGGAGACUAAGAGUGGGGCUUUCAUCGUGAGCGUCCUGCAGCCGAUCAUCGAGAAGAUUGGGCCGCAGCACGUCGUCGCUUUUUGCUCGGACGGCGGCAGCAACUACGUGUCCGCCGGCAAGAAGCUGCAGGGGAUCUACCCGCAUCUCGAGUUCGUUCCCUGCGCCACUCACGUGCUCGACCUGCUGAUUGAGGACAUCGGCGGGAUGGACUGGGCGCAGGAGGUCAUGGUGACGCACAAGGAUUGGGAGGAGAAGGGAGGUAGCACGCAGACUGGAAAGACAUUUGCGGCGUCGGUGUUGGAUGUGGGGUGGUGGAACAAGGCGGAGACAUUCGUGAAGGUGAUGGAGCUGCCCUACAAGGUGAUGAGGCGGACUGAUGGGGAGGCGAAGGGGAGGAUGGGUGAGAUGUACGACAUCAUGCUGCAGCUGACGGAGGACUUGCAGAAGCUGUUGGAGAAGGAUGAUUGUGGGCUCAAGAGGGCGGAUAAGGAGGGGGUGAAGGAGCACCUGAGGCGGCGUUGGGAUGAGAACUUGGCCUGCCCCCUUCACGUGGUUGGCCGGAUUUUGAACCCGGCCAACCAGGAGGAGGGGAUCUACCACAAGGACGUCGAGUGCACCAGGGUGAUGAAGGCGUGGCUCCAGCGCUCGAAGGCAUUCGUCGACAAGUAUUGGAAGAGCGGCGGCGACACUAAGGGGACGAUGAAGGCGCUGCAGGAGGGGAUGCUUGCGUUCAUUGAGGGGAAGGGGUGCUUCGGGUCUGAGGAUGCAAUAGAGGGGCGGGCGGAGAUUAAGGCCGGGAAGGGGGACAUGGUGACGUGGUGGAAGGUGAACGGCUGGGAGUACCAGGAGCUGGCUGGCCUUGCGUGCCGGGCGCUCUCACAGCCCGUCUCCGCUUCACCAUGCGAGCGCGGAUGGUCCACGUGGGAUGGCGUGCACACGGCGCGCAGGAACAGGUUGGGUUCGGAGAAGGUCCGCGACCUUGUGUUCGUUGCGCACAACUGGAACAUUGUGCACAACCACCACAAGGGUGCGGCGGGUGCGGGGCCGAGUGGGGAAGUCAGGAAGGCGGGAAUAGUGGAGGGGAACAUUCCCCCCCGACCCCUUCCCGAGGGGUACAAGCUUGAGGAGGAUGGAGAGGUGGAGGUGGAUGAGGAUGACCUCACCUUCGACGAGUACAAGGAGCAGGAGGAUUUGGAGAAGGAGGAGAAGGGGAUGGAGAGCGAGGAGGAUGAGUGA